CUUUCCUCCUCAUUCCAAGCCGCCGCGGCAUCGGCAUCACCCCACAUGUCUGCAACUGCAUUGCUGCAAAAAGCAGCACAAAUGGGAGUUACAAUCAGCAAACCUGCAUCAAGUCAAUCAGCUGCUGGUGCGGACGAGGUGGCGGCCGCUGCCUCGGCGACAACAACGAUGCUGAGACCCCACCAAGCAGCUCACGUGAGUACUGGUUUGAUGGGUUCGACAUCAAUAAUAUUGGCCACUUCUACAGCUGGUUCUAGCCUGGGUCUGGCCUCACGUGAAGAUCAGAUGGGAAUAGGGUCUAGUUCUGGAUCUGGGCUUAUGCAUCAUCACGGGCUGAUGGCAUCUUUUGGGAACAAAACUAGUGCUAUCACCUCUGCAGGUUGCAUGGAACAUCCACACCAAGCAAAAUAAGUGUUGGUCCAUUAACAACUCAUGAUCAUCUAGGAGGAGGAGCUUUGAUGGGUAUGGUAAAUUCUCAUCAUCACGAUGGAUUCGGGGAGAACUUUCAGGAAGUGUUAUUGACUUCAAGAAGGGGAAUAAUGGAAGAAGUAAUAGCGGUAAAGAAGGUGGCGUAUUUGGUGGCCGUGGCAACAAUAUUAAUGACGGAUUAACAAGGGAUUUCUUGGGUCUAAAAGCCUUCCCUACUGCUAGAGAAACAUUUCUUAGUCUGGAUGAUCUUCAUCAACUUGGUGGCUCAUCUUUCAAUGACCAGCAGGGUCAUCACAAUCCAGCAGCACCAUGGUAGAGAUUUAGUUUGAAGUAAUUAUGUUUAUGUUGGGCAUAUGAGAUUUCUUCUUUCCUAUUAAUUUGUUCGUUAAUUGUUAUUAGUUGAUUUUGUCCCAUACAUAUAUAAAUAUAUAUAUGUGUAUCUGUGCUGCUACCGUCCUCCAGUUCCUAGUUCUUUUCACAUUUACAAAUGACAAGGUUUUAUGGUUAUUGCAAUCGAGAUUAAUUCCUUGGCUAGCU